AUUGUCGCUGCGAUGGCAGCACUGCAUUACAUUGUGCUAGGUUGGGAUAGUCUCGCAAUGUGUAAAGGAAUUUAAAGCGAACGAUCUUGGCCAGCCCAAAGUUUAAUUGGCAAGAAGAGGGAUCGAUAUCUUCUUUAUAAUUUAUCAGAAAUACUGUGUGUGAAAAAUGGGAACGGAUAGCCACCUUGAACAAAAUCAAAGUAUGCCAAAAGUUGACUUGUUAAAAGACGCAGAGAAACUCAAAUUUACAGAUUUAGUUUACAUGAAACGCCUAGAGGAGCAAAAUCUACAAAGAGCAAAGAGAGUACAAGGAUAUCGUAAAUCCAAUAAUCGCUUAGCUAUUGCCUUAGGCCUUGGAGUCAUUGGGAUUUAUACGUACACAAUAUAUUCGGUGAAACAGGAAAAAUUCUUAGACGAUUUUGAGGAGCCACAAAAAACGAUCGAGAAACCUGAAUAAAAUACUUUGUUUUUGAAUUUAAAAAAUUCUAAUUUCUUAUAAACUUUGCAUAAGUUUAUA